CUCUUUACGUCCUCGCCAUUGCCGCAUCACCUACCUCUCCCACGACAUGCUGCCAUAAAGUAGCCUCCAUACCCCGCUCCCCACAAGCGAACUAGCUCCAUCACAAUGCCGAUUCCAUUCCUCAUCAACGUCUUCUACCAGGGCUGGCCCGAACAUUUCCCUAGUCCCUUGAAGGUCCUGGCUACGACGUCCGCGGUCGGCAGCCUGGCCUUGCUCAAGCGCUACUGCAAUGGCGCCUUGAACUCCGCCGACCGCAACAUGCACGGGCGCGUCGUGCUCAUGACAGGCGGGACCUCAGGCAUCGGCGCCGAGGUCGCCAGGGAACUCGCGGGCCGCGGCGCCCAGCUCGUCCUGCUCACACGUCUGCCGGCCUCGGACCCUUUCCUUGUUGAGUACAUCGACGACCUGCGCGCCCGCACGGGGAACCAGAUGAUCUACACGGAACAGGUCGACCUGACGGACCUGCUGAGCGUGCGGCAGUUCGCGACGAAGUGGAUCGACAACGCCCCGCCGCGGCGGCUGGACAUGAUUAUACUGUGCGCGGCGACGCUGACACCGCCCGGCAAGAGCAGGAUAGUGACCAAGGACGGGGUCGAGGAGACGUGGAUGGUCAAUUACCUGGCCAACUUCCACCUGCUAGGCAUCCUGAGCCCAGCCAUCAAAGCACAGCCGUUCGACCGGGACGUGCGUAUCAUCUUCUCCACGUGCUCGAGCUACAUCCGGUCGCCGCUGCUGGAGGACGCCAAGGUUCACGCGACCAAUAAGAAGGAGUGGGCGCCAGGACGUGCCUAUGCCAGCAGCAAGCUGGCCCUCAUGACGUUCGCGCAGGCCUUCCAAAAACACCUGGACUCGUACAAGCGGCCCGACGAGCUGCCCAUGAACGCCAAGGUGAUCAUGGUGGACCCGGGCUUCUCGAAGACGCCUGGGAUGAGGAGAUGGCUGACGCGGGGCUCUCUGUGGGGGCUGUUGGUCUACCUGCUGUCCUACGCCCUCAUGUGGAUGUUCUUGAAGCCGCCACUGAUGGCGGCCCAGUCGAUCCUCUUUGCGGCCUUCGACGGCAGCAUCAUACGGGACCCUGGCGGCAAGCUGAUCAAGGAGUGCAUCGAGGUCGACCUGGCGAGGAAGGACGUCAAGGACGAGGAGGCUGCCAAGAAGCUGUGGCUAUCGAGCGACAAGCUCAUUGAAACCACAGAGAAGCAAGCGGCAUUGCGGAAGGCUGAGGAGAAGAAGAGGCGGGAGGAGGCAGAGAACCAAGAAAAGACGGAACAAGAAAAGAAACAGAGGGCAGAGGAGAUUGAAGCACUAGUCAACACGAUCAAGAAGGGUAAGGCGAAGGAGAAGGAGGAGGCUGCCAAGAAGAAGAAAGGGAAGGACAAGAAGACUGGCCAGUCUGGGAAGAAGGCUGCCUCAUAG